AUGACGGAGGCACCGGUGGUGAACAUCCGUCCCCUCGUGAUCACCUCCCCCUGUCGUCCCUGCCACAAGAAGGAGACCACCGGCUGCAGGAAGAUCUUUGGCUGCAUAGUCAACAGCGACAACACCGAGUCCUUGAUCUUUUCACCACACGGAAACGACCCGAGUCAAGGUUCGCGGGGCGUACACGGUGAGUCGCCCUACGAGGAGUCACCGUGUCUUCCCUGCUACUACCUGGACUGGCAUAAUCGUUGUCGGAAAAUACGGAAUUGUGUCACGAGUACAAGACCUCCUGGUGUUCAGACGACCUCCUCAGAUACAAAGGAGAAAAUAGCUCCGGCACUUGAAGGGAACGGUGAGAGCGACAACACCAGUAAAGUCGUCCCUCUACCUGCAGCCUCACCUGAUUCUCCUGCAGCGUCUUGGACCGUCACAACACCUUCCCCGUCAGUAGAGUCAUCGUCAACAAAAUUAUCCAGUCCUUUCUGGCUUCCCGAUAUUCCUCUGAUCAAGACUUUCGCACCGAGAACGUCUCCCGGGUUACAGAGUCCUCUAGCUGACGGCUCUGGCAGCUCCACCAUCACCCCAUCUUCAGAUAUGUCCAGCAAACACGAGAGACAGCCAGGGUCGUCACAGACUUCCCCAGCUCCCAAAUACAAGGGCCCCCUCCCCGACCACCGCCUCCAGUACAAGGGCCCCUCCCCGACCACCGCCACACAGUACAAGGCCCCCCCGACCACCGCCACACAGUACAAGGGCCUCCGACACCGCCUCACAGUACAAGGGCCUCCCCCGACCACCGCCUCACAGUACAAGGGCCCCCGACCACCGCCUCACAGUACAGGGCCCCCCGACCACCGCCUCACAGUACAAGGGCCCCCCCCGACCACCGCCUCACAGUACAAGGGCCUCCCCCCGACCACCGCCUCUCAAGUACAAGGGCCUCCCCCGACCACCGCCUCACAGUACAAGGGCCCCCCCGACCACCGCCUCAGUACAGGGCCCCCCGACCACCGCCUCACAGUACAAGGGCCCCCCGACCGCCUCACAGUACAGGGCCUCCCCCGACCACCGCCUCACAGUACAAGGGCCUCCCCCGACCACCGCCUCACAGUACAAGGGCCCCCCCGACCACCGCCACACAGUAGGGCCCCCCGACCACCGCCUCACAGUACAAGGCCCCUCCCCCGACCACCGCCUCACAGUACAAGGGCCCCCCGACCACCGCCUCACAGUACAAGGCCCCCCUCGACCACCGCCUCACAGUACAGGCCCCCCCCACCGCCACAGUACAAGGCCCCCCCACCACCGCCACAGUACAGGGCCUCCCACCCGCCACCGCCUCACAGUACAACCCCCGACCACCGCCACACAGUACAAGGCCCCCCGACCACCGCCACACAGUACAAGGGCCUCCCACCCGGCCACCGCCUCACAGUACAAGGCCCCCCGACCACCGCCUCACAGUACAAGGCCCCCCGACCACCGCCACACAGUACAAGGGCCCCCAGACCACCGCCUCCAGUACAGGCCCCCGACCACCGCCACAGUACAAGGGCCCCCCGACCACGCCACACAGUAAAGGCCCCCCUCGACCACCGCCUCACAGUACAAAGCCCCCCGACCACCGCCACACAGUACAAGGGCCCCCCGACCACCGCCACAGUACAAGGCCUCCCACCCCGGCCUGCCUCACAGUACAAGGCCCCCCUCGACCACCGCCUCACAGUACAAAGCCCCCCGACCACCGCCACACAGUACAGGGCCCCCCGCCACCGCACACAGUACAAGGGCCCCCACCGAUCACCGCCAUACAGUACAAGGCCCCCCCGAUCACCGCCUCACAGUACAAGGCCCCCCGACCACCGCCUCACAGUACAAGGGCCCCUCGACGACCGCCUCACAGUACAAGGCCCCCACCCGACCACCUCCUCACAGUACAAGGGCCUCCCACCCCGGCCACCGCCUCACAGUAAAGGCCCCCCCGACCACCGCCACACAGUACAAGGGCCUCCCACCCCGGCCACCGCCUCACAGUACAGGCUCCCCCGAUCACCGCCUCACAGUACAGGGCCCCCACCUGACCACCGCCUCACAGUACAAGGGCCCUCGACGACCACCUCACAGUCAUACCGACCACCUCCUCACAGUACAGGGCCCCUCGACCACCGCCUCACAGUACAAGGGCCCCCCGACCACCUCACAGUACAAGGGCCCCUCGACCACCGCCUCACAGUACAAGGGCACCCCCGACCACCGCCUCACAGUACAAGGGCACCCCCGACCACCGUCACAGAAAAGCCCCCGAUCACCGCCUCACAGUACAAGGGCCCCCAACCCCCGACCACCGCCUCACAGUACAAGGCCCCUCGACCACCGCCUCGCAGUACAAGGCCCCCCCGACCACCUCCUCACAGUACAAGGGCCCCCCACACCUCCUCACAGUACAAGGGCCCCUCGACCACCGCCUCACAGUACAAAGCCCCCCUGACCACCUCCUCACAGUACAAGGGCCCCUCGACCACCGCCUCACAGUAUAAAGGCACCCCCGACCACCGCCUCACAGUGGACGGUCGUCGUCGUCAUGAAUAUUCUGUAACAGGUGAGAGAAAGGACUCGGCAAGACGCAGGACCACUUCACCUGUCUUGUUAGCCUCAGGUGAGCAGACUUCGUUGACUCUAUCUUUUUCUUCUUCUGCUUCUGCUAUUAUUAGAGCUUCUGUUUCUGCUGUUAUUGGUGCCUACUUCUGCUGGUGUUGGCGAUGUUGCUUCAAGUGGACCUCCGUGGACCUCCGUGGGACCCCCGUGGACCCCGUGGACCUCCGUGGACCCCGUGGACCUCCGUGGACCCGUGGACCUCCGUGGACCUCCGUGGACCCCAUGGGACCCCGUGGAUCCCCGUGGACCUCCGUUGACCCCCGUGGAUCCUGGACCCCCGUGGACCCCGUGGACGUCCGUGGACCGUGGACCCGUGGACCGUGGACCUCCGUGGACCCCGUGGACCCCGUGGACCCCGGUGGACGCCCUGAGAAAAUUAGAACUUAA